AUGUGGGCUCACAACAUCAGCGCGCAGCUGACGCCGGCGGCGGUGUCGGACAUGCUCGACCGGCUGUACUGCAUCUUUGACGAGCUGACGGAGAAGCACGGCGUGUUCAAGGUGGAGACCAUUGGCGACGCGUACAUGGCGGCAACAAACCUUGUCAAGCCGCAGCACGACCACGCGCUCCGCAUUGCGCAGUUUGCGGAGGACGCCAUCAAGGCGGCGCAGUCGACGUUCAUUGACAUGGAGCGGCCGGAGCUCGGGUGCGUGAACAUCCGCGUUGGGUUCCACUGCGGCCCUGUUGUGGCCAACGUUGUUGGGCGGCGCAACCCGCGGUACUGCCUGUUUGGGGACACGGUGAACACGGCGUCGCGCAUGGAGAGCUCGAGCGAGCGCAACAAAAUCCACGUGUCGACGUCUGCGGGGGACCGCGUGCGGAGCCAGGCGCCGUGGGUGAAGCUUGAGUCGCGCGGGGUGCAGAACAUCAAGGGCAAGGGCGAGAUGCUGACAUACUGGCUGGUGAGCACGAAGAAGCCUGAGCAGACGGGGCGUGUUGCCAUUGCGGAGAACGAGGCCACCGUCAUUGACAUGGGCGAGGGUGACGAUGCAAGCAGCUGCGACAUCGAUGAUGGUGAUUGCCACGAUCAAGAGCACAGCGGUGAUGACGCCGACGGCCACAGGAACAGCGCGCAGCCAAAGGACAGCAUUGGGGGCGGGUUUGUGUUCAAGAAGAAGCGUGCGUCGUCCAUUGGGCGGCAGUCGGCAGGAACGCACGAGGGCCGCGCAUCGGCGCGCGUGUCCCUGAGCUCCGUGUCGUGGCUCAACGAUGCAAAGGAGUUUGAAGCCCUGUCACGUGACAGCUUUGGCAGCCGUCGCAUCUCCACCACCCCACGCAACCCAGCACCACCACCACCGUCGUCGUCGUCGCCAUUGUCGGCAAUGUCCCCUUCCCCUGGUGAUGACCACGAUGACCAUGAUGGUGACGCGUCGCGGCCGAGGAAGAAGCGCUCGUCGUACUACGCGCUGGCGGCGGUGGAUGCAGAGGCCUCGCCCAACAACCGCAGAUACAGCGCCAUCAUGGAGGGCAGCGAUGACGAUGAAGUGGACGAGGGGACGGGAACGCGAGGUGAUGGAAACAGCGUCACCAUCUCCAUCCAAGAAUCAGAAAGCGUUGACGUGUAAUGUGUGUGUGUGUGUG